AUGCCAAAAUUUUGGGGAGUGCUGAUUCAACAUUGUGUGACGCCUUUAGCAUCCUUAUAUCUCCAUCUCCGCGUCCUCCGGUCUCCUCAGCAUCUCUCCCGUUCGUUUUUGACGCUGCAUCUCGUUGUCGCCGGGUGCAUCGUCCUCCUAGUAUACGUCGCAACUAUGGCAACCACGACUGCGCCGUCCGUGCAGCAGACGAUCGACCGUCUGAGACUGGAGACGGCGACGCUCGAUGAGAUUAGCGCCCAAGAACGGAGCGGAUUUCUGUCCCUUUUUGAGCGCUACUUGCAGGAGAAGGCGAAUGUGAUUCAGUGGGACAAGAUCAAGUCCCCCACUGACCAGGAGGUCGUGCCGUACGAUGACCUUCCUGAAGUUCCCCAAGAUCCAGCGGUGGUGAAGGGGCUGCUGAGCAAGCUGGCGGUGAUGAAGCUCAACGGCGGGCUGGGCACCACCAUGGGCUGCACGGGUCCCAAGUCUGUGAUCGAGGUUCGGAACGGUCAGACAUUCCUGGAUCUGAUUUUGAAGCAAAUCGAGACGUUGAACGCCAAGUACGGGUCGAGCGUGCCGCUGGUGCUCAUGGACUCGUUCAACACACACGACGACACUCUCAAGAUUCUCGACAAGUACAAGGAUUCGGCGGUGAAGAUUAAAUACUUCAACCAGAGCCAGUACCCGCGAGUGGUGGCGGAGGACAACACGCCGUGGCCUGCCAAGGGCCGCAAGGACAAGGCUGCCUGGUACCCUCCCGGGCACGGCGACGUGUUCCCCGCGCUGUGCAACAGCGGCGUGCUGGACCAGCUGCUCGCCGAGGGCAUCGAGUACGUGUUCCUGGCGAACGCGGACAACCUUGGUGCGACGGUGGAUCUGCGCAUUCUCAACUUCAUUGUACAGAACAACAACGAGUACUGCCUCGAGGUGACGCCCAAGACGUUGGCGGACGUGAAGGGCGGCACCAUCAUCAACUACGACGGCAAGCUGCAGGUAUCGGAGUUCAAGUCCAUUGAGAAGUUCAAGAUCUUCAACACCAAUAACAUAUGGCUCAACCUGGCGGCCAUCAAGAGGCUGGUGGAGUCAGACGCUCUCAAGCUCGACAUCAUCCCCAACCCCAAGGAGGUGGACGGGGUGAAGGUGCUACAGCUCGAGACGGCUGCUGGUGCCGCCAUGAAGUUCUUUGACCGUGCCAUCGGGGUGAACGUGCCUCGCUCGCGCUUCCUGCCGGUCAAGGCCACCUCCGACCUCCUCCUCGUCCAGUCGGAUCUGUACACGGUGGAGGACGGGCUGGUCACGCGCAACCCCGCCAGAACCGCUGCCGCCAACCCCACCAUUGACCUGGGGCCCGAGUUCAAGAAGGUGGCGGAUUUCCAGAAGCGCUUCAAGGCCAUCCCCAGCAUCAUAGAGCUGGACAGCCUCAAGGUGUCGGGCGAUGUGGUGUUCGGGGAGAACGUCACCCUCAAGGGCAAGGUGGCGAUAGAGGCGCCAAAGGAUGAUAAGAUUGUGGUGGCUGAUGGCACUGUGCUGGAGGGAUAG